ACCGCGCCCGCCCUCCUGGAGGAUGGUUUCACACGCUACGAAGACAUGAGUGCCCAGGAAAGGAGCAUUUCCUCCUCAUCAGCUGUGGCCUCGUGUCCAGUGUGAUGUGUGAUAAGGAAGGAGGAAGGAACAGCUACAGUCUACGUGUGUGCCUGUCACACAACUGUGGAGCAGUUUCAGCCGUAACACCCGGCAGACACUGCAAAUGGACGUGAACAGGAUGAACGUGACCUUGCUUCAGAUAUUCCGCCAGGGAGUGGCCGCGGCUCUGGGCGUCUCCCCCCAGCAAGUCCACAUCAAUCGCCUCAUUGAAAAGAAGAACACCAUUGAACUGUUUGUGUCUCCCAUGAACCGGAAGGCAGGAAUUUCCGAUGCUUUGCCGUCUGAGGAAGUGCUGCGCUCACUUAAUAUCAACGUUUUGCAUCAAAGUUUAUCUCAGUUUGGGAUCACAGAAGUCUCGCCUGAGAAAAAUGUUUUACAAGGGCAGCAUGAAGCGGACAAAAUCUGGAGCAGAGAAGGAUUUUAUGCUGUUGUCAUUUUUCUCAGCAUCUUUGUUAUUAUAGUAACGUGUUUGAUGAUUCUUUACAGAAUAAAAGAAAAAUGUCAGCUUUCCUUGAGACAAGAUAAAGAGAAAAAUCAAGAGAUCCACCUGUCACCCAUCACGUUACAACCAGCGCAGUCCGAGGCAAAGGCGGUCGGCAGCAUGGUCCAGCAUGAGCAGCCCCCGAAGGUACUGAAUGUGGUCGUGGACCCUCAAGGCCGAUACGCUCCUGAGAUCAAAGCUGCCACCUCGGUCUGCCCUUCUCCUUUCAAAAUGAAGCCCAUAGGACUGCAGGAGAGACGAGGCUCCAAUGUGUCUCUUACUUUGGACAUGAGCAGCUUGGGGAGCGUGGAACCCUUUGUGGCUGUACCGACCCCACGGGAGAAGGUAGCUAUGGAGUACCUGCAGUCAGCCAGCCGAAUUCUCACCAGGUCACAGCUGAGAGACAUCGUGGCAAGUUCCCAUUUACUCCAAAGUGAAUUCAUGGAAAUACCAAUGAACUUUGUGGAUCCCAAAGAAAUUGACAUUCCACGCCAUGGAACUAAAAAUCGCUAUAAGACCAUUUUGCCAAAUCCCCUCAGCAGAGUGUGUUUAAGACCAAAAAAUGUAACUGAUUCUUUGAGCACCUACAUUAAUGCUAAUUAUAUUCGGGGCUACAGAGGCGAGGAGAAAGCGUUCAUCGCCACACAGGGCCCCAUGAUCAACACCGUGAACGACUUCUGGCAGAUGGUUUGGCAGGAGGACAGUCCCGUGAUCGUUAUGAUCACAAAACUCAAAGAAAAAAAUGAGAAGUGUGUGCUCUACUGGCCGGAAAAGAGGGGCAUCUAUGGGAAAGUUGAGGUUCUGGUCAUCAGCGUAAACGAAUGUGACAACUACACCGUUCGGAACCUUGUCUUAAAGCAAGGAAGUCACACCCAGCACGUGAAGCAUUACUGGUACACUUCGUGGCCCGAUCACAAGACGCCAGACAGUGCCCAGCCCCUUCUGCAGCUCAUGCUGGAUGUGGAAGACGACAGAGUUGCUUCCGCGGGCCGAGGGCCUGUGGUUGUCCACUGCAGCGCCGGCAUAGGAAGGACGGGCUGUUUCAUUGCCACAUCCAUUGGCUGUCGACAGCUGAAAGAGGAAGGCGCUGUGGAUGCACUCAACAUCGUCUGCCAGCUUCGCAUAGACAGGGGUGGCAUGGUCCAAACCAGCGAGCAGUACGAGUUCGUGCACCACGCUCUGUGUCUGUACGAGAGCCGACUUGCGGCAGAAACCGUCCAGUGAUUCUCUGCAGACUCACCAGACCCCCGAUCUCCAGGGGGGAGUAGUCAGCAUGCACUCGAGGCUUCUAGAAGGAGCUUCCUGGAAUGGAAGGAAGGAGAAGCCCCGAAGCCACGCUGUGGUGUGGACUGUGGAAGACGGCCGCCUGUUAGCGACGGCAGCCUCGUGCACGUGAACACGUCUGUAAGCAUCCCGGCACUGCGAUGAAGGCCCCCAGCUGAGGGGGUAGGACAGGCUUCUCACGCAGCCAGGGAGGACUUGUUUUGUGUCUUGACACCUGCCACACGGAAUGUGAGUAUGAAAUGCUCAGUGACACGUGUCAUCCAGUGACGCCUGGAAGAGCUGCUGGAGAGAGGAUUCCUGUGUGUCUAGACGCUUUCGUGUUUGCAGGUCUGCCCGUGAUGCACGUCAGCUGGUGAAAUGCCUGGCUCAAGUGCUGUCACCGUUCUCAGUUACCAGAAUCUUGCCGCUAAAGUUGCAAGCGAUUGAUGGCAGAUUUUUAACAAAUAAGUCCUUGUUUUUGAAAAAAAAAAUCAAAAGCUGUAACUAUUUUAUAUGGAAAUGUGUCUUGAUAACAUGCCCUAUUGCAAGUGUAUUGAUCAGUACCUCCUAUCAAUCAAUCAAGAGCACAAUGAUUGUCACUGGGUGUCUAUGUACUUACUCUCUAUUCUUGGGCAUCAAGGCGGCUUCUGCCCCAGAAUCUGUCCACUGUGUUCCUACAUUGUGAGUUAUUUCACUUUAAAAGGGAAAAACAAAUUUGUAGCAACUACGAUGUAUCAAGAAUUUUAAAUACUUGUCUCUUUUACUAAGAAGGAAUUUUUGAAUAUGCUGUCUACUGGGAAUCUCUCUCCCAACCAAAGGCACGUGCCUUUGGGAAUGAUGGAACCUGUCCCAUUUUGAAAGGUUCUGCAAAAGGAUGCUGCCAUGCAUAUCCUUAAAUUUCUGAAAGGUUUAAAUCCUCAAGAGACAAAAUAAAGUUUAAAAAACUACACUCAGCAACACUAGACGCUCUGCUCAAAUAGGAGUUUUUA